CCCGGGCGGAGCGGUGAUCGCAUUGCACAGCCAGUGACGUCCGGGUGGGGGCGGGCCCUGCUGGGAGAAGGGGAAGAGUUUUCGGAAGAGGUCUCAGCAACAAUAACACGCGUGACGUGGGGGACCGGACAGAGCCAUGAGCACCAGACACGUGACAUGCCGGUAUUUCAUACAUGGCGUAUGUCGAGAAGGAAGCCGCUGCUUGUUUUCCCAUGACUUGGCCACAAGUAAACCUUCAACCAUUUGCCGCUUCUUCCAGAAAGGACAGUGUGCGUAUGGAACCCGCUGUAGAUAUGAUCAUGUCAAACCUACAGGAUCUCCCUUGGUUUACUUCUCACAAGACGUACCGUCAGCGUCCGUAGAGACCCCUUCUACAUCACCACCUGCACAAGAAGCCCCACCAGACGUCACCACGGGCACCCCCCAGAAGCGGGAGAAGAAGGCCAUUGUACUCAGAGACCGUGAUCUGUGUGGGUUGACUGAGGAAAAGAACCAGUCAGUCCCUGCUCCCAGCUCUCCUUACUGCAGUGAUGCACAAGUUGGAGAUCAAGACUUGAAACCACAUUCUUAUCUGGAAGCCAUCUGCACAGGACUGGAAGAAGUGGAAAUUGCAGCUCCCUAUCCUGGGGACCCACAGCAGCUGUGCCCCUAUGCAGCGGCUGGGACGUGUAACUAUGGAGAGAGCUGCGUCUAUCUCCAUGGCGAUUUGUGUGAGAUCUGUAAUCUGCAAGUGCUUCACCCCUAUGACCAGGAGCAGAGGAAAUCACAUGAAAAGCUGUGUAUGGCGUCCUUCGAGCUGGAGAUGGAAAAAGCUUUUGCUUUCCAGGCCAGUCAGGAUAAGAUCUGCAGUGUCUGCAUGGAGGUUGUGUAUGAGAAAUCCUCGCCCUCUGAGCGUAGAUUCGGGAUCCUGUCCAACUGCAAUCACACCUAUUGCCUCAACUGCAUCAGACAGUGGCGAUGUGCCAAACAGUUUGAGAACCCGGUUAUAAAAUCAUGUCCAGAAUGUCGUGUGAUAUCAGAGUUUGUUAUCCCCAGUGUGUAUUGGGUGGAAGAACAGAGCAAGAAGGAUGACCUUAUUGAGGCUUUUAAGCAAGGGAUGGGUAAAAAGGCCUGCAAGUAUUUUGACCAGGGACGUGGCACUUGCCCAUUUGGGGGGAAGUGUCUCUACUUGCACAUGUAUCCUGAUGGCACCAGAGCAGACCCGGAGAAACCACGGAAACAACUUGGGUCAGAAGGAACAGUGCGGUUCUUCAACGCUGUCAGGUUAUGGGACUUCAUUGAAGAUCGAGAAAAUCAAAGUGGCCCCAGCACGGACAACGUGACUGAACUUGGGGACCUGUUCAUGCAUCUGUCCGGCACAGACCAGCAAGCUGCCACCUCUUUUAACUGAAAAAUCUAUUUAUUAGAAUGCUUAGACUAGACUAUACUUGUCUGGGGUUAGUGUGAUUGCAGAAAUAAGUGUCCUUUUCACUACAAAGAAAAAAAAAUAAAUGAAACUAAGACUUGUAA